AUGCCUAUGUGUCCAAAUCAUCAAUUACCUAUUAUUGAUAUUACUUUAAUUUCAUCUCCUACAUAAGAAUUUCAUUUACUUUGUUCAAAAUGCCCUAAAUCAUUAUAUUAGAAUGUUAAGAUAAUUCAAAUUUUAGAUCAGCUUUCAAUGAUCCAUAUUUAAGAGGAAUCGAAUAUUAAAAGCUAUCUUAAUUUUUUAUUAAAUAGAAUAAAUACAAUUAAGUAAGAUUUUCUUUAAGUGAUUGAAAAUUUUAGUAAAUAAGUCAAGGAAUAAAUUAAAUUUUUCAAGAAACAAAUAAUUACACCUGAAACUAUUAACUAUUAUUCUACUGCUUAAUAAUUGACUUUAGAAGAUUUAAAACAAUUAAGUAUAAUGUUUACACUCAAUUUUAAAUAAAACAAUCAUUCAUUUUAAUACAGUAAGACUAAUGCUAUCAUGAAAUAAUAAAUUAUGAUACUUCAUGAUAAAAUUAAAACAGUAAAUUAAAUCAAAACUUAAAUUGAAAAUUCAUUUAAUCCUGAUUAUUAAAUCUCAAGUUAAAUUUAGACUGAUGAACAAGAUUGUUUUAAAGAGGAAUAAACAGGAUAUAAAUAGUAUAUUGAGAAAGAUAAGAUAGAAUAUUCUUAGUAAAUUAGAGGAAUAGAGUUUAGUGCUAAUAAUUAAUAUGUUUUUGCUUUUAGUCAUGAAUUACCUUUAACUGCCUUUAAAAUUAUAAACAACAAAUUGAAUGUUUAUUAAAAAUUAGAAUAAAAACCAUAAAAUAUCUCUAAGAUUUCAAGUAGUAAAACAAUUAAUAGGAUUUAUGCUUGUUCUGAUAAAAUGAUUAAUGUUUAUGAGGAAAACUAAUAAAAACUUUGGUAAUUUACUAAAUAAUUUGAUAUGCAAAAAACUAUACAUUUAAUUUAAGUCAGUAUCAAUGAAAAUAUAGUGAUAACUUCAUUUAAUAAUAUUAUUAUAUUCUAUCCAUAAUAAGAAAAUGAUGAAAAAAAUAAAAUACAUUUUCCUUAAAAACACAAGAAAAAUGUGCAUGAUUUAAGUUUUAAUUAUAAUGCAACUUUUAUGAUAACUACAAGUGAAGACAUAUUUAUAAUAUGGAAGAUUUGUAAUCAGAAUAAAAUAGAAAUGCAUUAAUAUUUUGAAAAUCAAUCGAAUAUCUAUUCUUAAUUUAGUGAUUCUUCUGAGAAUAUUAUUUGUACAGUCAAUAGAUUUGGAGAUCGUAAUUUUUGGAAAUCAGAUAGUAAAGGUUUAUAUUAUGAAACAUAAACAAUUUAUUAAAAAUCUUCUACUUUUGGAUGCACAAUUAAAUUUCGAUUGAAUUCAAAAUUAAUUAUUAUGGGAAAUCAUUCAAUUUAAAUUUUUGAAGAAGAUUAAUAAAAUGAUAAUGAAUGGAAAGUAGAGUAAUAAAUUAAAAUUAAUUGUUAUAAUCUUGAUGUAUCAAAGGAUGGUAAAUAUAUUGUUGCUGAUGAUUUUUCAAAGCUUUGUCUUUUUGUUAGAGAAGAAUGA